AAAGAUGCUUAAGUAUUAUCUUUUUUUCAUAUUAUCUUUUUAAUAGGUCUAGUCAACUCAGAAGUCUACGACUCGUAUAUUGCACUCACAUAACACAUGAAGGUAUAAUGGAAGCUGUAAAAUACCUGCCUUUGCUGGAGGAGCUGGUUAUACACUGCAUAUAUCUCAGUGCCAAAGCUAUUGAGACAAUUGGACGAUCUUGCCCUUUAUUGAAGUCGUUUAAUUAUAACGGACAUUGGUCGAAGUACAUGGUUUCGAAUCUUGAGGCGCAAGCAAUUGCUAAAAACAUGCCUGCAUUACGACACCUUCAACUUUUCGGGAAUAAAAUGGGAAACGAGGGCGUGCAUGCCAUCCUUGAAGGUUGCCCGAAUCUUGAAUCGCUUGAUCUAAGAAAGUGUUUUCAUGUUCGUUUAAGUGGAGAUUUGGGAAAAUUGUGUUCGGAAAGGAUUAGAGAUCUUAAGCUCCCGAAUGAGUCCACUGACGAUGUUUAUCAAUUCGCGGUGACUGGAACUUCGGGGUAUGCAACAUCCCAUUCCGAUGAUGAAACAUCCGAUGAUGAUUAUGUGAAGGAAAAAAUUACACGGAAACAAAGAAAUAGAAAAACAAAGAAACAAAAACAAAAAAAGAACAAUAAGAGGAUGUUUGACUAA